AUGGCGAUGUUUACCGGCCUGUUCCUGGUGACUUUGGUGUCCUUAAGCUGUGCCCAGCCGAUCUACAGUCUUCCAGACCACAGUUGUGUUUGUGACGUCAGUCCCGUGGUGCACUGUAACAGCGACAGCGCGCUGAGGGCCGAGCUCGACCUGCUGAAGGACGUCGUUGUGCGCAAGGCCCUGCCGGCAGAGACGGGCGAGACGGCAGAGACGGGCUGUCCGGCCGGGACGGAGCUCAGGGGGUUUCCGGAGAAACUGGACCGGCAGGUCCUCCUGGGUCUCCAGGAACAUGGCGCCCGUGACGUCACCGGCUAUGGUAAUGACGGAGUUACGUUCAACACGAGCGUGGCGGAGGGGCCGGGGGGCGAGACGGGGGGCGCCAUGUACUUCCACGGGACAUCAGGUUCUCGUGUGGAAUUCCCCAACAACGGAGCGCUGCACAUGACUAGUUACAUCACCCUACAGGCCUGGAUCUACCCGGAGGGAACAGGACUCGGGCCGAUCUUCCAGUACCAGCGAGAGGGCAGUACUGACGAAGGCGUUCACUUCUGGAUCUAUCCCUCCGGAAACGAUCUCUACAUAUUUUUCAAGUCGGGACAAGCCCUGUCACGGCCCGUGAUAACCCGUAAUGAGUGGCAGUUCGUCACCGCUACCUACCAUCGCACAACAGGGGUCCAGAAACUCUACCGGAAUGCUAUAGAGAUUGGGUCCGAUGAUUUGGGAGAUGUUAGUCUGUUCAUGAACACUCGGUAUCCUCUGGCCACGGGGGCCCGGCCACCACCAUAUGCGGGAGGUGACAGAUAUGCCUACAAGGGACGGAUCGCACACAUGCAGGUUUACAACAUCGCCCUGACGCAGGCUCAGAUCCAGGAGGCCAUGGACCGCACCAGGAACGGGUACAGGUAAAUCCUCAUCAACAGGUUCUGGUACGUCC